UAUUUAAAAAUAAAAAAGAAAAUACUACACUAGAGCCUGUUAGUUAUAGCUAUAUUAAAGAAUUAGCAAAUAUAAUUCAAUUUCCAGAAUUUGUAUAUGUUGAACUUGAAGACGCCAUGGCUGAUCUAGUAAGUCUAUUAGAAGCAGACCUUCCUGUAGUUGCCCCUUUUUUUGAUUCUAAUUUAGGUGUACCAAAAUCCACAUAUUAUAAAGAGAUUGCUGAAAGUUUAAAUAUUAUAAUAAUGCAAAAUUCUAGCUCAAUUCAACCAGAAUUUUGUUAUUCAUCAAUUAAGGAUACUCUUGAUUUAGAAUCCUAUUUAGAAAAAUAUAACACACAAUUAACAUUACUAAAAAUUGAAAAUAGUAAUAUUCAAAAACAAAUUAUACUAUUAAGAAAAGAUCCACACUUAUCUUCUGAUGUUCUUCCUAAUGAACAAGCUAUACAAACAAUAGAAGAAAAAAUAAAUACUUUUAAUAUACUUAUGAGCACAU